GGCGGGGCUGGGAGGAGCUGCGGCGGACCCGCUCCGAGGACGGCGGCCUAUCACCUCGCGGUCCCGCGGUCCGGGACCUGAGCGGCGCAUGCCUGUCUCCAGCCGGACGGUGAGGCGGGCGGCUGCGGGCGCGCGGCGGCGAAGAGCCGAGGCAGCGGGAGGCUGGACAUCCCGGGCUCGGCCGAGGACGCUGCUCCGCAGCCGGCGGGCAUCAUGGCAUCUCUGGCCGACCGGGUCCGGGGCAACGGGCGCAUCGCCGCCGGGCUCCUGUUCAACCUGCUGGUGUCCAUCUGCAUCGUGUUCCUCAACAAAUGGAUCUAUGUACACCACGGUUUCCCCAACAUGAGCCUGACCCUUGUGCACUUCGUGGUCACCUGGCUGGGCUUGUACAUCUGCCAGAAACUGGACAUCUUUGCCCCCAAAAGUCUGCCUCUCUCCAAGCUCCUCCUCCUGGCCCUCAGCUUCUGUGGCUUUGUGGUCUUCACCAACCUUUCUCUGCAGAACAACACCAUAGGCACCUAUCAGCUGGCCAAGGCCAUGACCACGCCGGUCAUCAUAGCCAUCCAGACCUUCUGGUACCAGAAGAGAUUCUCCAUCAGAAUACAGCUCACGCUGAUCCCUAUUACUGUAGGUGUAAUCCUAAAUUCUUACUACGAUGUGAAGUUCCAUUCCCUUGGAAUGGUGUUUGCCGCUCUUGGUGUGGUAGUCACGUCCCUUUAUCAAGUGUGGGUUGGAGCCAAGCAGCAUGAACUACAGGUGAACUCCAUGCAGCUGCUGUACUACCAGGCCCCCAUGUCUUCGGCCAUGCUGCUGGUGGCUGUGCCCUUCUUUGAGCCAGUGUUUGCGGAGGGAGGAAUAUUUGGUCCCUGGUCAGUUUCGGCUGUGCUUAUGGUACUGCUGUCUGGAAUAAUCGCUUUCAUGGUGAAUUUAUCGAUUUACUGGAUCAUUGGGAACACGUCACCAGUCACCUACAACAUGUUCGGACACUUCAAGUUCUGCAUCACCCUCUGCGGAGGAUACAUUCUAUUUAAGGAUCCCCUGUCGGUGAACCAAGGGCUCGGCAUCCUAUGCACGCUCUUCGGGAUCCUCACCUAUACCCACUUUAAACUCAGCGAGCAGGAGGGCAGUAAGAGUAAGCUGGUUCAACGGCCCUGAGCUUUGGCGGAGAAGAGAAAGUCAAAUCAUGAGGAUGAGAAAUGACAAAUGUGUACGUCUGUGGAAAAGCUCCCUGCAGAAUUCAGUCAGUGACAUCCAAGAAGUAUUUUUUUUCACAGUUGACAGUUUUAGUACCUUUUAUCGAUUUAAAUUUUUAAAACCAAAACGGUUCAGAUUUCUUUUCAAAGACUUUAUGAACCUGGCGCUGGCACUCAGUGGUAGAGUGUUUGCCUCACACAUAUUAGACCCUGGCCUCAGUCUCCAGCACUGUCAAAGAAAUGCUAGGAACUACAUAGAAGAUGGCUUCAUUCUGCCAACUGAAGAACGGGAAAGUUCUGUUCCAUCGGAAUGACAGUGCUCCGGCGCUGCAGCUGUGCCAUGGUUGUCAGUGUCUUAUGUUCUCCCAGGGAAGGGCACGCCAAAACUAUUGCCGGUUCACCCCUGCCUUCCCGUCAGGAAGUUGAAGUUCUUUGUAUCCAGACAGGGUGGGUGGUAGUCAUAGUUGUUUUGAGACUGGAUCUCACUGUGUAGCCCUGACUGGUCUGGAAAUCUCUUCAUAGACCAAACUAGCUUUUAACUCUACCACUCCAUCUAGCCUUUAGCUUCUCUAUUAUUUCAUUGUAGAACUGAAAUAUUUAUAGAAAGAAGCUGACAUCAACAUGAUCAUGAAACAAAUUACAUCUUUGAAAGUAUCACUUUUUCAGUAGAAAUUUAAUAUUAGAUGUUCUUCCCUGUUAGGCAAGACUGUGUGAGCCCAAAGCCAGCUCAGUGGUAGGUACUCUGCCUGAGCUAAAGGGAGUGUCUGCAGUUAUAAGUAACCGGUGUUGGCGGGAAUGGCAGUCUCAUUAGUCUUCUCGUGGCUUUGUAUUUUCAAGGAGUUCUAUAUACUAUAUAUGGAGUUAAACAAAAACCCAUAAUUAAACAGCUAAAAAAAAAGUCUUAUAGGGCCAGUGGUUGUAGCCAUAGAGUACCUGCCUAGCACUCAUAGGUAGGUUCAGUUUUGUCCUGGUAACUGCUUUCCCAGCUUGUUUAAUCAUUUUACCUUAGCGAUUUCUAAUAUGACCUCCCUCCCAAUACUCCUGCCUUUUACAUAAUGAAGCUGUAGUAGGAAACAUUGUGUGGUAUUAGAAAGCGGACUGAAUUGCACUUUGCAUUUUUAUGUGGCAAAUUAGAGCAAAAGCUAUCCAAAUUCUAGGCAGAAACUUCGUGAAAAAUAGAAAAGAUGUGAAAGAGAGGUAGAAAACUAGCUAAUAUUUAGCUAGUUGUGUGAGGUUUCAGACGAAUUGUGAAAUAUUUUUAAUCGAGAUGCAGACAGAAUACAUGGGGCUUCAGCAAAUAGACUGCUGAGUAUUUAAUUGCAAAACUGUAUGUCUGCCUUCAAGUAUCUUGACAUUUCACCAUUAAAAACAGCCAUUGAUGACCUGAAGAGUGAGAUCUUUUGAAAUAACUUUUUCUAAACAUACACUUUCUGUGAGAACACAGCUAAAGACAAAGAGCCAUGUCUUGCGAUAAUUUUAUUUUGAAUUUUCUCUUUUUUUCACAGAAAGAAGUAACUUUUAAUAUAUUAGGGUUUUGUUGUUGUUGUUGGUAGUGGUAGUUUUUAGGGUUUUUUUGACCAAAUAAAAAAGCCUGGAUUGUAUCCCCAGCACUGCCAAAACAAAACCUUUGCAAGUAAUCAGGAGCCAGGCUGUCGGAGGAGACGCACUCCUAGGUCCCAGGGUUUGAGCGGCUGAGCCAAGGCUAAAAGUUCCUUGGCCAUAUAGACCACACAGACUUCCAGGGCAGCCUGAAUUACAUACUGAGAUUCUAUUAAGGGAAAAGGAAAUGUGCCUGUUUUAGGAUUUUUUUUUCCUGACCCAUUUAAAGUACAAAGCAUCACUAGGCAGUGGUGGUACAUGCUUUUAACCCCAACACUUGGGAGGCAGAGGCAGGCAGAAUUCUGAGUUCGAGGCCAGCCUGGUCUGCAAAGUGAGUUCCAGGACAGCCAGGAGUACACAGAGAAACCCUGUCUCAAAAAACCGAGAGGGAAGAAAAAAGUACAAAGCCUCAUUAAAUGUGUAUUUUGGAGAAUGACAUUGUCUGUUGUAUAUCAGUCCAUGUACCUUUGUGGUUUUUGUUUUAAAUGUUGUCCUCAGUUUACAUAAUUGUGUUAUGCCAAGAACUGCAGAACAUGCUGUUUUUACCAUUAUGGACCUUAGGCAUUAUGCACAAGAAACAUUUGUAACAAUUUCCCAGAAGCUAAUGAAAAGUAUUCCAGCACAGAGAUCCUCAGGCUUCUGUGCAUUAGGAAUGACUGAGUUGACUUGUACUGAGUACAGAUCUUAGCUGUUGAGAAACCCUGGGGACAGGGUGCUUUGAAUAGGUAGGUGUGUGAGGUAUGAUAAAUGGCUUGUGUCAAUAAGAAUGAGGGACAGAGUGAGAGCACGAUGAGUCAGGGUGUGUUUAUAUACAUGAAUAAACUCUCCUAUUAGAACCGUA